CGGCGGGCUCUGUUUCCAGCAGCUGCAGCGAGGAGACGACAAAAUGGCUGCUCCGGGGGGUCGAUUCUACAGCGAGGGCGGCCGGGCGACGAAACGCCAGAAAACCGACAACAACAACGAGGGCGGCAUCUCGGGGGACGGCUAUGAGGACCCUCACAAGACGCUGCCCUCCCCAGUGGUUCAUGUGCGGGGGCUGGUCGACGGGGUGAUGGAGGCUGACCUGGUCGAGUCUAUGCAGGAGUUCGGACCCAUCAGCUAUGUGGUGGUGAUGCCAAAGAAGCGUCAGGCCCUGGUGGAGUACGAGGAUCUGAACGGAGCCUGCAGCGCUGUCAGCUAUGCCACUGACAACCAGGUGUACAUCGCGGGGCACCCCGCCUUCGUCAACUACUCCACCAGCCAGAAGAUCUCCAGACCGGGGGACCCCGACGACUCCCGCAGCGUCAACAACGUGCUGCUGCUGACUGUCAUGAACCCCAUCUACCCCGUCACCACGGACGUCCUGUACACGAUCUGUAACCCCUGCGGGCCAGUGCAGAGGAUCGUUAUCUUCAGGAAGAAUGGGGUGCAGGCCAUGGCAGAGUUCGACUCAGUGCAGAGCGCGCAGCGAGCCAAGGCCUCUCUCAAUGGAGCCGACAUCUACUCUGGCUGCUGUACCCUGAAGAUCGAGUACGCAAAGCCCACCCGUCUCAACGUGUUCAAGAAUGACCAGGACACCUGGGAUUACACCAACCCCAACCUCAGUGGACAAGUUGCGGAUAUGAGUGCCAAUCCCAACAAGAGGCAGAGGCAGCCAGCUUUGCUGGGGGAUCAUCCUCCGGAAUACGGUGGUCCGCAGGGAGGCUACCACAGUGGCCACUAUCAUGAUGAGAGUUACGGGCCGCCCCCUCCCCACUACGAGGGGGGGCGCAGGAUGGGGCCCCCCAUGGGAGGACCGAGACGUGGGGGUCACAGCCAGCGGUAUGGGGGUCCGCAGUAUGGGCACCCCCCUCCCCCCCCGCCCCCUCCCCCAGAGUACAGCUCCCACGCAGACAGCCCUGUGCUGAUGGUGUACGGCCUGGAGCCCAGCAAGAUCAACGCAGACCGGGUCUUCAAUGUGUUCUGUCUGUACGGCAAUGUGGAGAGGGUGAAGUUCAUGAAAAGUAAGCCUGGUGCUGCCAUGGUGGAGAUGGGAGACGGGUUUGCAGUGGACCGGGCCAUCACUCACCUCAACAAUAACUUCCUGUUUGGACAGAAACUCAAUGUCUGCGUGUCCAAGCAGCAGGCCAUCAUGCCCGGCCAGUCCUAUGAGCUGGAGGACGGCAGCUGCAGCUUCAAGGACUUCCACGGGACCCGAAACAACCGCUUCACCUCCCCGGAGCAGGCAGCCAAGAACCGCAUCCAGCACCCCAGCAGCGUGCUGCACUUUUUCAACGCCCAGCCUGACGUGUCUGUGGAGAUCUUCAACCAGAUCUGUGAGGAUCUGGGAGUCAAGAGACCCUCAUCUGUGAAGCUGUUUUCAGGAAAGAGUGUGGGUCAGGGUGAAAGGAGCUCCUCCGGGCUGCUCGAGUGGGAGUCCAUCAACGAUGCCAUGGAGGCUCUGGCCAUGAUGAACCACUUCCAGAUGAAGAACCCCAAUGGUCCGUAUCCCUACACCCUGAAACUCUGCUUCUCCACGGCCCAGAAUGCAAACUAACAGCACGGAGAACCCCUGAACCGAGACGAGCCAGGAGUGCACCCCCCAAAAAAUGGAAUAAAUUCCCUGCCCCUCCCUGAUGCCCCCUUUUUAUACAAGUGUGUUUUGUAGGAAGUACAUUUUCUCCAACUAGUCUUGUGCUUUUUUGUUUGUUUUUUCGUUACUUGCACAGAAUAAAAUUAAGCACAUCUUAGUGUUUUUGUGUUUGAGAUGAAACCCAGCUUUUUGUACAAGCUUGUUUUGUGUUUUUUUUUUUCUUUUUGACAUUGCUGUGCUGCGUACGUAUUGCCACCUACAGUUCAAUAAAAUUGGAAGAAUA